AUGUCAGAGUUUAAUCACACCGGGCAUCUGGCGUCAGAGUUUAAUCACACCGGUUAUCUAGUGUCAGAGUUAAAUCACACAGGGCAUCAGGCGUCAGAGUUUGAUCACACAGGGCAUCUGGCGUCAAAGUUUGAUCACACAAGGCAUCAGGCGUCAGAGUUAAAUCACAGAGGGCAUCAGGCGUCAGAGUUUGAUCACACAGGGCAUCAGGCGUCAGAGUUUGAUCACACCGGUUAUCUGGCGUCAGAGUUUAAUCACACAGGGCAUCAGGCGUCAGAGUUUAAUCACACCGGUUAUCUGGCGUCAGAGUUUAAUCACACCGGUUAUCUGGCGUCAGAGUUUGAUCACACAGGGCAUCUGGCGUCAGAGUUAAAUCACACAGGGCAUCUGGCGUCAGAGUUUGAUCACACAGGGCAUCUGAUGUCAGAGUUUAAUCACACCGGUUAUCUAGCGUCAGAGUUUAAUCACACAGGGCAUCAGGCGUCAGAGUUUGAUCACACAGGGCAUCUGGCGUCAGAGUUUGAUCACACAAGGCAUCAGGCGUCAAAGUUAAAUCACAGAGGGCAUCAGGCGUCAGAGUUUGAUCACACAAGGCAUCAGGCGUCAGAGUUUAAUCACACCGGUUAUCUGGCGUCAGAGUUUAAUCACACCGGUUAUCUGGCGUCAGAGUUUGAUCACACAGGGCAUCUGGCGUCAGAGUUAAAUCACACAGGGCAUCUGGCGUCAGAGUUUGAUCACACAGGGCAUCUGAUGUCAGAGUUUAAUCACACCGGUUAUCUAGCGUCAGAGUUUAAUCACACAGGGCAUCAGGCGUCAGAGUUUGAUCACACAGGGCAUCUGGCGUCAGAGUUUGAUCACACAAGGCAUCAGGCGUCAAAGUUAAAUCACAGAGGGCAUCAGGCGUCAGAGUUUGAUCACACAGGGCAUCAGGCGUCAGAGUUAAAUCACACCGGUUAUCUGGCGUCAGAGUUUAAUCACACAGGGCAUCAGGCGUCAGAGUUUAAUCACACCGGUUAUCUGGCGUCAGAGUUUAAUCACACCGGUUAUCUGGCGUCAGAGUUUAAUCACACAGGGCAUCUGGCGCCAGAGUUUAACCACACAGGGCAUCUGGCGUCAGAGUUAAAUCACACAGGGCAUCUGGCGUCAGAGUUAAAUCACACCGGUUAUCUGGCGUCAGAGUUUAAUCACACCGGUUAUCUGGCGUCAGAGUUUAAUCACACCGAGCAUCUGGCGUCAGAGCUUAAUCAUACCGGUUAUCUGUCGUCAGAGUUUAAUCACACCGGUUAUCUGUCGUCAGAGUUUAAUCACACCGGUUAUCUGGCUUCAGAGUUUAAUCACACAGGGCAUCUGGUGUCAGAGUUUGAUCACACAGGGCAUCUGGCGUCAGAGUAG